AUGCCUGAAGGACGUCAAUCCCCCGAGCCUGAACGCCAAACCGGCGCCCAGUUACAAGAUCCCCCCGCCUCAGGCAAGGGAACCGACAACGCCUCCAACAAGGAACAGACCAACAAGGAGUCUCUCGAUAAGCUAGAGUCCAACCCCAAGGGACCCCUCGAUGACGCCCUCAAGGAGAAGUUCUCCAAGACUCACGUCCACUUUGCCAAUGCCGCGUAUGAAAUGGCACCGCCGGAAUCGAGCCAGCCUGACUUAUCCUACACCAUCUCGACUACGCCUCCAAAAUUGACGGAAUCACCGGCAUGA